AGGUUGAUGGUCUCAGCCAAUUGAUGGAAUCAGGCAACGCGGUGAAUUCUCCAGGGGACACGCUGGGACAGACACCCUCACACUUGGCCGCGUGCGGGGGGCAUGCAUUCUUUCUGCUUUGGCAGCUGCAGACUGGAGUUGACAUCAACCAGCAGGACUUGUUUGGAGAAACACUGGUUCACAAAGCAGCCCGGUCCGGCAGUAUGGAAUGUCUGAGUCUUCUGGUCGCUCAUGAUGCAAGAUUAGAUGUCUGCAAUAGAGAUGGACACACGGCUGAAGAUCUGGCAUUGUCAGGUGGAUUCCUUGAGUGUGCAAAAUAUCUCGCCGUGGUUAAACAUACGCAGGAUACGUUUUCUAGAGCGCGGUCUUCUGUGCAAGACUUGAAAGAGCCUGGGGCUGCUUUGAAGAGAGCUCAGAGCAGUCUGGAUAUUUCUCACGGGAAGAGACGGCGAUCUGAUGGUGAGAACUAUACACCCUCAUGUAUGCUAUAA